AUAUGAGUAAAAUGCUAUUCUGACUAUAUUUCAUGUCUCUGACAGAGGCUCAGAGGAAGCUCAUUGGCCAGCAGGCUGGAGGAGACAGAGGCAAAGUGAAUGUUGUUCAGUUGAAGUCUCCCACAGCCCUCCAACUCUCCAGAGAUCUGCUGAAGGACAAAGGCAUCGGUGGUCUCUAUAAGGGACUGGGGGCCACUCUAUUACGGGAUGUGCCCUUUUCCAUCAUCUACUUCCCACUGUUUGCUGACCUGAAUAGCCUGGGCAGGGGGAACGCUGACGGUUCAGCUCCGUUUUACAUCUCCUUCCUUGCUGGCUGUUUUGCAGGCUGUGCAGCAGCUGUUGCAGUUAACCCUGUGGACGGUGAGAGGACCUAUGAUGUGUGAAUAGGUGCAUUUAAUGAGGUGUACUCCAUUUAAAAGUUUGGGGCAAUACGUUUUUUAUAUAUAUUUUUAUAUAUUUAUUAAGUGUCUUAUUUUGA